AUGCCUAUCGGUCAGGAGACUCCGCCUCCUCGACGCAAGUCUUGUGAAGCGUGCAAGUUAGCCAAACGGCGCUGUGACACAGCCUUUCCGACCUGUUCGAGAUGUCUCCACAAGGGCCUUCCGUGCUUUUACCCUGGAAGACUACUGGAGACGUGUGCCGAUGUCAUCGCAAAUAUUCCCACAUCCACGAAUAAUGACCAGACAAUUGACCUCUUCCCUCAAAACGAUUAUUUGCGCCCGAUUGAUGCAGCGCCCCUUUAUCUUAGCAACAGGGAUACGCCACUCCGAGAUCUUACCAUACUUCCUCCACAGGAUCGGGUAGAUAUCUUCGAGGGCAUCCCAAUAUCUCAAAACGUCGAUCUCGCCAUGACAAGGGUAACUCCCCCACGACAGCUUUCUGAAGUUCUAGCGAAUCGCCUACAGUUUGCCGUUGAUGUACUUCAAAAUAUUCCCAAAAUGGUUGUGACGGAAAACCAAACCCCGUGGGCUCACCGUCAGCUUUACAAGAGUGGGAUGCCUAGAGAAAUGCAAGACGCAUUCACUUGCUGUUCCCUUUACAUGACCAAGAACGACGUGAACUCACCCGUUCUCAUGUCAAUAUUUGAUACUCGCAUCAACGAUCUACUUUCUGCUGCGGCACCCACGACACCUCUAGGACUUUUAGCUCGAGUCCACGCUCUCAUCUUGUACCUUAUAAUGCGCUUGUUCGACGGCGGGAUCCGAACACAGCCAUCCUCGGAUUCCCUACUAGCGGUACUCGAAGGGGCUACUCUCUCCCUUUUCGAUUUCAUCUACAUCCCACAUCCAUCAGAGCCUCGCGAGAUACUUCCUAUUGCCAUGGAUCCGAUAAUGAGCUUCUGGGAGUCCUGGGUGUUCCAAGAAUCGGCGCGACGUACAGUCAUGAUGGUUUUCUACUUUGUAAAGAUCCAGCACUUUUUACACGGAAAGCCCCUGUCCACCUGCGAUGGGAAACUUGGUCUCGAGCAUGCAUGGUAUCAGUCCGCACAUUUAUGGAAUGCCCAAAGUGCCUUCGACUUCGCGGUAGCUUGGACCGAAAACGAACAUUUUAUCAUUCACAAUGCGGAUUUUUCUGGAGUUCUUCAAAACGCAACGCCGGAUGACGUGGAUUUGUUUGGUAAAAUGCUUCUUGUUACCAAGAUUGGGAUCAAUGAGACCAAAGCGUGGUUUUAUUCGAGGGGUGGCACCUUAUAG